AUGAGUGGCACGUUCAACUCCUCGCACUGGUCUCUGAAUGUAACGGAGCCUUCUGAAUUCACAUGUGUCGUUACAAUGAGGAUGUCCGGCACAAUGUAUCUGGUGCAUACUGAUUUGGUUCUUGAGCCGUCGCAGAUAUCUCUCUCCAGGUCUGUGGACGACACCUGUUACAGUGUAAAUAGUACUCUAAAUACCUGUAACAUUGGUCUAAAAAUCAAGGACGUGAGAUUUGAACCGAGUUUUUUAUUUAGCAUCUUUGUUGGACUAUUUAAGAGGACAAUCGAGCGACAGGUGAACAAUUUUGUCUGUAGUUCAGGAAUGAAGACUCUUCAGGAUGAAUUGCAUAACCACACAUUGGCUCUACCGAAACCAUUUCCCCGACUUGCCUCCAACGCCACACCCUUGGAGGGCAGUAUGCUCUUUCGAACACUUGUUAAGGUGAUCGACAAGGCUCCACCAAUUUUGGGUGUUCGCUUUGGCGCAUCACUUCACGCUAGCACCACAUUGCAUUUGAAUUUGGAAUUUACCAAUAGUUUUAAUUUCGAACUCGACAAUUUUGACAAGUUACAGUCUUCUGUCGAGAAAGUGGCAGGUAUGCUUAACAUGUCAGGACUUGGGAACUUUACGGGGUUCUUGUUUAAUCGUCUUCCAGUUAUUAAGAGUCCUUUCAUUGGGAUUAAUAUUCCACAACCCUUCAGUGUUUCUCUGGAAGUUUCCUUUAAUGAUUUUCAGUGUGACGCCGUUGGUUUUAACUGCAGUGUGCCGCGAUAUGGUGGUAUCAUUCUGGAAAAUAUUCGAACUGAAAACCUUGGCGAAUGGGAUCGGCUCAUCGUAAACAAUUUGGGACCACGUGUUACCCCAAUGAUGAACCACGCUAUUGAGGAAGCCUUGGGUUACAUGAAUGUAACAGGUCCCCGUUUCUACAUCCCCGUGAUGGAGCUAGCUGAUGCGCAUACGGUUCCACCCACUCCUCUUUUGGUGUGCAUGAUAAUUGUGGUUGUAAUUCUCAUUGCCGUCACUGCUGGACACGCUAUCUGGCGCUACCAGCGCACAUCAGUUACCACAAAAGAGGGUGUUAAAGUGUCCUUGAAACGUGUUUUAAUUGAAGAUCUUCUCUUAAUGGGAAUGUGUGCUCUAGCUGCAUUUGGUUUUGCAUGGUCAAACUCUACCACUGCUGCUGCUUUGAUACUUGCUGACGAGAUGCGCAUCAUGUCCUUCUCUCUUAUGGAAUCUACCAUGAAUAUGCUUGACGCUGGUAUGUAUGUGUUUGCAGUCCUUGCAUUUUUAUUCAGCGGUGUGUAUCCCUACAUCAAGUUGGUGGUAAUUAUUGUGUGUACGCUUAUUCUACAGAAACCAGACCUAGUUCUCUUGAGAGUUAUUGACUACUUUGGUAAGUUUUCCUUCCUUGAUUCAUAUGCCAUGCUUAUUAUGGCAGCGGGACUGCAGAUAGAGGGAAUUGCAGAAGUUGAGAUUCUUCCUGGGUUUUACGCGUUUCUCUCAUCAACGAUUCUGUCUAUUCUCGUUGGCAACUACGCCACAACAGUGUGGCGUCGCAAUACAUCGCUUCGUGUGAAUUCCAAAAAGAAAGGACCAUUCGAUCCUGAGACACCCGUACUGGUUGUUGAAGGAGAAGGAGACAACCAAGAGAUCAAGCGAAAGAAAGAUACCAAGUGGAAAAGACGUUUAUUUCUUCGAAUAUUCAAUUUUGUCUUUAUCGCUGGGUGUAUAAUACCUGCGUGGGUUCUCCCCUGUAUCCGCUACAGUGUGACAGGAUUGGCGUCUGAUAUUCAGCCUGAUGGCCGGGAGAUAAGUUUGUUGGAGCUUGGCAAGACAAACUGGUUGUUUUUACUCACAUGUAUUCUCACCAUUGGCAUCGCCCCCGUUGUUUAUGCCGUCAUGUACCCUCGCUGUUCCUUUUUUGCGCCCUGGAGCGCAGCCGAGGCACUUCUGUUGGCGUGUGUUGCUGGUCUGCUGCAGCUUGGGCAGUUUGUGGACUACAUGCUUGGGAGUAACAUGGGAGCUUUCUACAGCGCGCGUGCAAAUCUGCUGUGGCCGCUGCUGCUGCUGCUCCUUGGAUCCAUGUGGCAGUGGCUGCUUGCGGCGGAGCACAGGUUUGGUAUCACAGAGCGUGUUGGCCGUUCUUUUGCUAAGCGGAAGCUUUCUCUGCCCGCUGAGGCUUGA